AGGGGAGCUUCGGCAAAAUAGGUCCGGCUGGAAAGCGAGGCCCCCUCGGCGUUCGGUUCCGCGCGCGCGUCGUCGGGAUGGGAGCGGUGGACUGCCAUUGCCACCUCGCCGCGCCCGAGUUCCGAGGGGAUAUUGAAAGUGUAUUGGAAGAAGCAAAAAAGUGUAACGUUUUGGCUCUGGUGGUAGUUGCUGAAUACACAGAAGAUUUUGAAAAAAUUAUUCAGCUUUCAGAAAGGUACCCAGGAUUUGUCUUUCCAUGUCUGGGCAUCCAUCCAGUUCAAAGUAGUCCAACGGGAAAUGAUCGCAGUGUUACGUUAAAGGAUCUGGAUGAUGCAUUGCCACUCAUAGAACUCUAUAAGGACCGGUUGUUGGCCAUCGGAGAAGCCCCUAGGAUUACAGCUGCACAGCACAAUCCUCUGCAUCUUUACCCAAAAGUUGGUCUGGAUUUCACUCCCAGAUUUGCAAGCACUGAUGAGCAGAAGGAAGGGCAAAGACAAGUCCUGAUCAAGCAGAUUCAGCUGGCAAAACAGCUCAAUUUGCCUUUAAAUGUCCAUUCCCGCUCAGCUGGAAGGCCAACCAUUAACCUCUUAAAGGAACAAGGUGCUGAAAGGGUGCUGCUCCAUGCGUUUGAUGGCAAGCCGUCAGUGGCAAUGGAAGGUGUGAAGGCUGGGUAUUUUUUCUCCAUUCCUCCAUCUAUUAUAAGGAGUGAGCAGAAGCAGAAACUUGUGAAACAGUUGCCCCUAGAAAACAUUUGCUUAGAAACUGACUCUCCUGCGCUCGGCCCUGAGAAACAGGUGAGAAAUGAACCAAAGAACGUCUUCAUUGCUGCAGAAUACAUUGCUAAAAUAAAAGGGAUUUCAGUGGAAGAAGUUAUAGGCAUAACAACCCAGAAUGCACAGAAACUGUUUCCCAAACUGAAGAACUUUCUCUGAACAUAACUAAUGUUCUGCUGCGCAUUAAAUAUUUGUGUGACCUGGCUUCAAUAUAUUCAUAACUUCACAAUUUUUAAGAAGUUAUGAUGUUCCUAUUUAUUGUGUCUGUAAAUUGAGCCAACUAUACAAUGAUGCUAUGUACAAACUCCUUAAUUUGACACUGGCACUUUCCUAAUAAAAUGACUAUAACCAUUGCAUGUUUUU